CCGAGUGGCGUCAGCGCAAGAUGGCGGCCUCGGCAGCUCUCUUCUCGCGCUUGCGGAGCGGGCUCCGGGUAGGCGCGCGGGGACUGUGCACGCGGCUGGCGCCGCCACCUCCCCGCACUCCAGAACAGGUUACUGAGAUCGCCAACCGUGGGGGCUCCAAGACCCAAGGGCCACAGCAUCAGCCAGGCUCAGAGGGUCCCAGCUAUGCCAAAAAAGUUGCACUGUGGAUUGCUGGUUUGCUUGGGGCUGGUGGGACUGUCAGCAUCGUCUACAUUUUUGGAAACAACCCCGUGGAUGAAAAUGGCACCAAGAUUCCUGAUGAAUUUGACAGCGAUCCAAUUCUGGUUCAGCAGUUGCGCCGGACAUACAAAUACUUCAAGGAUUACAGACAGAUGAUCAUCGAGCCCACCAGUCCCUGCCUUCUCCCAGACCCUCUGCGGGAGCCCUACUACCAGCCACCUUAUACACUGGUCCUGGAGCUCACCGGGGUCCUUCUGCAUCCGGAGUGGUCGCUGGCCACUGGCUGGAGGUUUAAGAAGCGUCCAGGCAUCGAGACCUUGUUCCAGCAGCUUGCCCCUCUGUAUGAAAUAGUCAUCUUCACAUCAGAGACUGGCAUGACUGCAUUUCCACUCAUUGAUAGUGUGGACCCCCACGGCUUCAUCUCUUACCGUCUGUUCCGGGACGCCACCAGAUAUAUGGAGGGACACCAUGUGAAGGACAUCUCGUGUCUGAAUCGGGACCCAGCCCGAGUAGUAGUCGUGGACUGCAAGAAGGAAGCUUUCCGCCUACAGCCCUUCAAUGGUGUCGCCUUGCGGCCCUGGGAUGGCAACUCAGAUGACCGGGUCUUGCUGGACCUGUCUGCCUUCCUCAAGACCAUCGCGCUGAACCAAGUGGAGGAUGUCCGGACUGUGCUGGAGCACUAUGCUCUAGAGGAUGACCCAUUGGAGGCAUUCAAACAGCGGCAGAGCCGGCUUGAACAGGAGGAGCAGCAGCGCCUGGCGGAGCUCUCCAAGUCCAACAAGCAGGGCCUCUUCUUUGGCUCACUCACCAGCCGCCUGUGGCCUCGAUCCAAGCAGCCCUGACUACUAGGCUUCCUCAGAGACUUGGUGCCUGGGCCUCAGGCCCCAGCCCUCAGAGCAAGGUUUGGACAGCUAUGUGUCCAAUAAAGCGAGUCCCAGAUGCCACAA